AUGACGCACGCGACAGCAGGGGGGCAUUAUGUUGAUAAAAAUGAGACAUCAGGAGGCGCUCCUGCCCAAACCCCCGUCCUCCUCCUGAAGGCUACUAUGUCUCUGGAGGACUCUUCUGCUGCUUCAACAGAGGACGGCAGGGAUCCAGUUCUGAAUGUUACUGGGGUACUUUUAGACUCCAGUGGAAGGCAACAUGAGUACAACAUCUGGCUCCCCGGGAUUGGGAUCGCUGCGGUGUACGGGACCAUCAUCAUCGUGGGUCUGGUGGGAAAUGUGACUAUGAUGAAGACGUGUCUGCUGGUAAAAUCUAUGCGGACCGUACCCAACUUGUUCCUGUCCAGCCUGGCUCUGGGGGACCUGCUGCUGCUGGUGACCUGCGCUCCGGUGGACGCCAGUCGGUACCUGGUGGACGAGUGGCUCUUCGGCCGGGUGGGCUGUAAACUUAUCCCGUUCAUCCAGCUCACAUCGGUGGGAGUGUCCGUGUUCACCCUCACCGCUCUCUCAGCUGACAGGUACACGCUCCCGUGGAUUUGUGUGUUGAAAUACUCCUUUUCCUCUUGAUCUAUGUCUUUCAAAGUCUCUUCUUGUUUUAUUCGAUACAGAGGAAAGAAGGACACUUGAUGAUCAUAGGCUCAGGGAAGUGCAUACACAGCCAUCAAAGGGCCCCCCCUUGAUUAGCUUCAUUAGUUAUGAAAGGCAAAUUACCUUCUUUUCAGACAACUUUAAUCUAUGUUGCUUAUCUUUGGUGAUACAACUUUUAUGAAAGUUUAAUGCAUCUAUCAGAGGAUGAACACUGAUGCCCUGCUGCUUUUAUUCCUCUCAGGUACAAAGCCAUCGUCAAGCCUCUGGAGAACCACAGAUCCAACACUAAGCUCAGUGUCUGUCUCCGAGCUGGAGCCAUCUGGUUGUUCUCUGCGACUCUGGCCAUACCCGAGGCCAUCUUCUCCGAUUUGCACACCUUCACCACCAGCUACACCAAUGAGACGUUUGUGACCUGUGCACCCUACCCUCAUGCUGGAGAGCUGCAUCCCAAAAUCCACUCCAUGGCCUCUUUCCUCAUCUUCUACAUCAUCCCGCUCCUCAUAAUUUCUGUGUACUACUGUUACAUAGCUUUGAGCCUGGUCAGGAGCUCUGCAGAUGUUCCAGCUGAGGGAAACUUUCACAUCCAGAGACAGGUGAGUGCAUCGGAUUUCUAACAUAGGUUCAUAAGAUGCUCCUCUCUGUUUGAGAGUUACUGUUUCACCAUUUUCAGAGAAACUGGAUAAGAAACCAAUCAGUCAAUCAACUUUAUUUCUAUAGCACAGUUAGAAGAACCACAGGGGUAGCCAAAGUGCUGUACAUUGAGACAUAAAAAAACAAAUAAAACAGGCAAAGAACAAGAUAAAGUGAACGAGAAUACAUAAAUGCAAAAAAUAAAUAUACAAAUAAGCAGGCUCACGGCAAGUGCUAUGAUGAUAACAAACAAAAUAACACUACAAUGUGUUAAAAGCCAAGGAGUAAAAGUGCGUUUUUAAAAGGGUUUUAAAAACAGGAAACGAGGAAGCCUGUCUAAUUGUCAAGGGCAACUCAUUCCAGAGCUUAGGAGCAGCAGGGGCAAAUGCUCUGUCACCUCUGAGCUUCAGCCUUGUAUUGGGGACCGUCAGUAACAGCUGAUCAGCUGAUCUUAGGGGUCGGGGUGGGCAGUAAGGCUGGAGCAUCUCGGAAAUAUAAGGUGGAGCAAGAUUGUUCAGGCCUUUAAAACAAAUAUUAAAAGCUUAAAAUUAAUUCUGUACCGUACAGGAGGCCAGUGUAAGGACACCAGGAUGGGGGUGAUGUGCUCAUGCCUGCAGGUCUGAGUCAGGAGACAGGCAGCAGAGUUCUGCACAGGCUGCAGGCGGGCAAGGGAAGCCUGGCUAAUCCCUACAUACAAAGAGUUACCAGAAAAAGAGUCCACGGAGAGUUAAAGUUACACAAACUAAGAGAUUAGACUACAAAGCAUGGUUAACAUGACUUUCUUUCUCUUGUCUUUCCAGAUCAAGUCCAGGCAGAGAGUGGCUAAGACUGUCCUGGUGUUUGUCGGCCUGUUUGCUGUCUGUUGGCUGCCCAGUCAUGUGCUCUACUUGUACCGCUCUUACCACUAUGACAAGGUAGACACCUCACUGGGCCACUUCAUUGCCAGUGUGCUUGCACGCAUAUUGGCUUUUACCAACUCCUGCGUGAACCCAUUUGCCCUUUACCUGAUGAGCAACAGCUUCAGGAAACACUUCAACAGGCAGCUCCUGUGCUGUGCUCCUCCUGAAAAGCUCCACAGACAGAGUAGCAGGAGUACAAAUAUAACCACUGUCUAACGGCUUGUGUGUUUUCUGCAGCAACAGGUCCAUGACAGAAAUUGUUCAAUUUGGACUCAUGCUCUCAUUUUUCAGCAUUCAUUGAUUCAGUCAGAGUCAUUGACAUAAUCACAGUUGUAAGACACCUAAAAAGUCUGUUGUUGCAUGAUGCUUUAAAAGUUAAAGAACCAAUAUUGUAUUUGCCAUAAUCUUCUACAACUUGACACUUACUGUAAUAUGUGUGUAAGCACCAAAGGUUUCUCUACUAGCUGAGGUUUCAGUAUUGGUAAAACUUCUCUCAUUGAAUCCCUUUGUUGGACCUGAUUGUACAUUAAAAAAGGGUGGAUUAAAUUUUUACUUUUUUGUGGAUUUCCAGUUUUGAGGGAGAGAAUCUGG